AUGCCGUCAAGCCAGCCAGGAUCCAAGGACCAGACCCGCCACCGUCGGGCACAUACUAAAUCCCGUCGGGGCUGCCGAAACUGUAAACUCCGAAGAAUCAAAUGCGAUGAAGCCCAACCGCAAUGCCAGAAGUGCAUUUCAUUUGGUGUCACUUGCAAUUAUAGAAUGGGUCAUAAUUCAGACUUGCAACUCGCGAAGAACAACACCAAUGACAGUCCCUUUGGUCACCUGGUUUUUGAUUCAAAACCUAGUCGAACCAUAUCUAUGCCUGCAAUCAUAGUAGGACAUGGCCCCGGCUCCUUCCAGAUGGACUCCGAUAGCCUGGCACGUCUAUAUCGCUUCAGAAACCGCACUGUUUUCUCUUUUCUAGGCCGAUUGGCCUGUGAGAUUUAUCAAAAUGAUGUUCACCCGUUUUUAAUGCGAAUCAUUUUGGCUGUCACUACCACUCAUGAUCGCUAUCUUGUGACAGGACCAGAAGACAACACACGAUCAGUCGCUGAGGUUUAUCAUGAAACUCAAUGCGCUGGACUUCUCAGAAAAAAGCUAUCUAGUCCAAUCUUAAAUGAAGAACGCGAUGCUCUUUGGUCCUCAGCAGCGAUGUUGGGGAUCGCUAGUUUAUCUUCCAUUGACGCAUCAACUCCAGCAGAAGCAUGGCCACUCAAACCCGACGAUCCAUCAGACUUUGACUGGUUGAACUUCUCAACGGGUAAGAAAGCAAUCUGGCGAGCAACCGAUCCACUUCGACCGGACAGCAUCUUUCACCGUAUGGCAGGCCACUAUACCGAGAUUAUGAAAACACCACCUCUUCGUGAAUUAUCAGAAAUGGCACCUGAAUUCGUCCAGUUAUGUUCACUGGACGAACCACUUGCUUGCAGUCAGAACCCGUAUUACUCCGCUGUUUCCAUGUUGUCUGAUCUGUGGCAAGCCACACAUACACGAGUGACCGGAAAAUUCGUCUCAUUUUUGAGCCUAAUGAGACCUGAUUUCAGAUCGCUGUUGGUCCGUAAAGAUGCACGGGCGCUACUGAUAUUUGCAUAUUGGUAUGCGCUUAUAUCCGACUCCUCUGUCUGGUUUAUAACAAGACGAGCGCGGUUGGAAUGCCAUUCAAUAUGCCUAUACUUGGAGAAAUACCAUGCUGACGAUGGUGAUAUUCAAAGAAUGUUAAAGUUGCCCAAGGCAAAGUGUGAAUGUGAUAGCCAGAUGCCACCAAUGUUUCUAUAG